AUGGGUCGCCGCUGCCGCGUCCUGGUUCGGCUCCACGAGUCGCGCGACGCCGCCGCGAGGCGCGCAGGGAAGGGAUUCACGCGCGCGCCGGCGAGCAAGCCCGGCGCGGCGCCGUUGGAUCCGGUGCGCCGCCGCCGCCUGUCUCGGGGCUGGCUCGAAGCGUGGCAUCGGUUCCGAACGAGAUUAUCGCACAAGCACCUUGAGAACAAGUGUGACUACAGCGCAAUGGAAGAUGAGGAGGACUUCUUGGACGUCCCGUCGCGCCUGAGAGAAGAAGGAACCGCCGGACUAGAGCUCACCGACGAUAGCAUCAAAAGCCUCGUCAAGGACAUGAUCUUCGCUGGAACCAAGACGACAUCUAUCACGCUGGAAUGGGCCAUGGCUGAGCUCAUCCAAAACCCGCGGGCAAUGGCCAAGCCGAAGGACGAGGUAGCACGAGUCUCCAACGGCAACCUGACCACCGAGGAAGACGACCCGCACAGGAUGGAGUAUCUCAAGGCGGUGCUCAAGGAGUCGCUCCGGCUCCACCCGCCGGCGCCGCUCCUCGUCCCGCACGAGUCGACGGCCGCCGCCGUCGUCCAGGGAUACGAAAUCCCGGCCAAGACCGCGCUCUUCAUCAACGCGUGGGCGAUCGGGCGGGACCCGGCGGCGUGGGGCGACGCGGCAAAGGAGUUCCAACCGGAGCGGUUCCUCGACGGCGGUGGCGUGGCGAGCAUCGACCUGCGGGGGAACGACUACCAGCUCCUCCCUUUCGGCGCCGGUCGACGGGUCUGCCCCCGCCGUCGCCUUCGCGCUUCGGCGCUGGAGAUCGCGCUCGCCAGCCUCGUCGGCCACUUCGAUUGGGAGCUCCCCAUCGGGACACGUCUAGACAUGAGCGAGGCGCCGGGGCUGACCACUCCGCCGCUAGCUCCGCUGCGCCUCCUCCCCAAGUGCAAGACACUUGUUUAG